AUGGUUCGCGUUACCGAGGAGUUGGCGCUGUCGUCUGACAAUGUCACUCUAUACCACGCCGCAGAUCCGUUGCUAGGCCAUCUUCCUCUGCUACUAUUCCAUGGGCCCUCGACUACCGCAAACUACACCCUCAACAGUUCCCGAGUCCAAGUCCACGUCUUCACCCCCGCCGGCUUCCAGAGCUUCCCUCGAAUCACAAUCUCGCCCAAUUCUCCAUUUUACGGUGUCGUCCACCAUCUACCCCGCGAGUUUCAGGGCGAUGAGGUCUACCGCGCUCUCGCCUUCGCCCUCUUCAAGUACUUCACAGAGCUGCCCGAUGGCGUAAAAACAUACCUCAAGAACCUAUACCCUACGCGAGGCCGACGUCCAGGCAGUGCACCUACUCUGUUCAGCGAGCAACAUGCUGCCGAGAUUGUUAAGGACAUGGUCCAGAGCGACCACACAGCCGACAUCAUCGAGACAUUACAGGAUGCUCUGCAGACACAACAUAUCAGCAAUGUCGACCUCGACUUUGUUCUCCCACCGGGCGCUAUUGUGCCCCUCCAUGCCGCCGACCUCGAGGACGUGCCCGACGACGAAGACGAUAUCCUCGAUCCAACUUUGCGCCAGUAUGGAGGGUACACACCGCUGAUAAAACUAUUCGGAGAGCCAGUCUUCCUGCCGACUAGUCGCUUACGAAGAGCGCCCUCCAAGCCGACCGCCUUAAAUCGGAGCAAGUCGUUUCUGAAAGAUCAAAAGGUCGAAUUGCGCAUGAAGCUGACGGAAUUGGUGGAGACUGAGGAGCGGUAUGUGGGUAAAGUGAGGGAGCUGGUGAAGCACGUCGCAGCCGAUUUUCGAGAGAGCGCUCAAGCGCGAGCUCCUGGUAGUCUGAGCCCUUCCGAGGAAGAGUUGGAGAAGCUCUUCCCCAGUUCUGCAGAUGGCAUCCUUCAGGUCAACUCUGCCUUUAUGGAGGAGAUGCGGAGGAUCAUAGACGAUACCGAGGAAGAAGCCUUGAAAGAUAUGGAAACACCGACGAUGAGUUUCAUGGGAUCCAAACUGGGCAGAACAAGAGACCCAAGUGGUGCCCUACAGAUCGCCAGAUUAUUUCUGGAGUGGUUUCCAAAGUUCACAGAGUGCUAUCAGGAUUAUAUCAAGGCCAGCCAACAUUUCCCCUCGUUACUCAACUCUUUUCUCGACCAGCAAUCGAGUUUCAAGCAGAGGGUAGCUCAGGCUGGUGAGCAGACGAUACGCUCUAUUCUUAUCGAGCCCGUCCAGAGACUUCCUCGUUAUAGCUUACUUAUAGAUCAGAUCGUUGGCUGUAUUCCUAUGACACAUCCCGCCUUACAACCCAUGUUGAAGGCGCGAGAUAUCAUUACAAAUAUCUGCUCGAUGGACGAUCCCUUACCCGACAAGCCUCACGUCGCCAAUAGACUUCGAAAUAUGGUUGAAGCCUGGCCUUUGAAUCUUGAACCACAAGGACGUCUUAUUGCGGCCGCCGAUUUCACUGAGUUGGCACCGCCUUUCCAGCCAUUGCUCAACCAGUCGGAUAGAUCUGGAAUCUUCCUACUCUUUUCAGAUUGUGUGGUUAUCAUCAAGAAGAUGAGCGGGAACAUGACAGGGCGAGAGCUUCUGCGUGAGAUCGAGAAACCCUCAGCAGCCGGUCUACUUAUUUCUAUGACCAACGCAGCAGGAGGUCCAGCGGCAUACGAGUUUGUGUUUACAGGGUGGCAUGACAUGGCUGAUGUGCGAUUUACUGAGGCAGUAGAUGGCACAUUAUUCUGGAUGACUUCGACGUCAGAAAUGAGAGGAGCUCAUCCAGGCGAGCAUCGCAUUAGCAAGGCCGUGACAUCACGAUGUUUCCUCUUACAAGAGAUGUACGAGGCCAGAGCUUCCAAGUGGGGAGAGGAUGUGGUCAAAGCGAGAGUCGAAGCUCGAUUCUCGGAGAAAGAGCGAGAAGACCCAACCUGGACUCUACGAUCAGCGCGAAUGCCAGAUAGCAAUCUGGGACUUCACGCCGCUAUCUUCCAGGAGGGCGCCGACCAGCUCAUCGAGGGCCGCAAGGAGCCUGCCCCGAUUCGAGUGGUUGUCGAUCAUGACAGGGGCACCAAAGGAGCGCCUGUAGGCCACUACGGUGUCGAGAUUGUCGUAAACGUGACCACGAACGAUAUGAAGAAGGUAUCGAUGCUCACAGUUGGGCUGAAUGGGAGGCAGUUCCAGGACGAAGUUGCUCUGGAAGACUUCCUCCCCACGAUGUCGAGACGAGGUAAGAAGCAGCACUAUAAUCCCUAG